AUGAAUAUUUACUUUUGUCGACAGAAGCCGAUAAGUGAUGGAGGUUUCUGGCACAUCCUGGCCAAUCUAGUCAACAAACAUGGAUUAAUGCCGAAGAAAAAUUUUUCAGAAUAUUACAACAGUUCCUACACAUCUAAGAUGAACGACGUUCUUGGAAGCAUGUUGCGGCAAUAUGCCAAGGCCAUCCGCGACCUAGUAGCCAAAGGUGGCUGCGACGAAGACAUCGACAACCUCAUCCAAGAUCAGAUGUCCAACAUCUAUAGGGUAGUGGGGAUAUGCCUUGGUAUACCCAGUGAGACUUUCACGUGGAGCUACUACGACAAAGACAAGGCAUUCAAGAGCAUCGGACCUGUAACACCCAAGGAGUUCUACGAGAAACACGUGAAGCCCUUCUUCAAUGUCGAUGAUAAGGUGUGUUUGGUGUCAGACCCCAGACCUACCUUCGAAUUUGGGAAACUGUUCACAAUGGACUACAUAAACGACGUCGUUGGAGCCAAAAACUGCAUUUUUAACAACCAACCGGUGGAGUUGCUGCUGGAUCUUACCGCCAAGAGCAUCAAAGAAGGUGAGGCUGUGCUCUCUAGCUGCGAACUCUCGAGAAAGUACUCCUCUUGGAGGCACGGGAUGCACCUCAAGACUUCGAUGUGCGUCCCCUUGCCUCUCACUGAUUGGGAUGCUGGUUUAAAGUAUGACUUUAAGUUGCUUCUUGGUGUGGACAUCGAAACCACCCUAUCCAAGGCAGACAGGUUUUUAUACAGAGAACGCAGCAUGGCACAUACUAUGAUCUUCACCGGGGUCAAAACAAAUGACGACGGGGAGGUAAGCAAACUUCGCGCGGAGAACUCCUGGGGAGAGGACUGCGGGGACAAAGGCUAUAUCACGAUGACGGCAGAAUUCUUCAAGGAAUUCACGAUAGAGCUCGUGAUCGACAGGAAGUUUGUACCGAAGGAGGUGUUGGAGGUUUUCGAACAGAAACCUGCGGUCAUCCCGCGGUGGUACAGCUUGGCAAGCCGAUGAAACAGUGGCUAUCAUUUGCCACAACGAAUAUAGUAGUACAAUGUAAACAUAUUUGCCAUACCGCUUCACAGCAUCCAUUUUUCAGGUGCACAAAAUUUGUAAAAGUGUAUGUGCUUGUUACACAUAUUUGUUAAGUUGUUUUUCGAACACCCUGUAUUCAUAAAGUAGAUAGUGUGUGUGUGCAUGUGAACGAUAGGAAUGGCUGUUAUAUUAUGUACAAACAAA